CAGGGGCGGACUGACCAUUUGGAAACUCGGGCACUGCCCGAGGGCCCGGGGUCAGUAGGGGGCCCCAUGAGAUGCCCCUGGUACCUUUUUCAUAGGCUUUUUUGAGUUUGGGCAAGGACACAGGGGCCCCAUGAUCCCCUAUUGCCCGGGGGCCCCAUGAGUUGUCAGUCCGCCCCUGAUGAUUCCACCCCUGGCCCAGGGGCCCAUGAGUUGUCAGUCCACCCCUGGCCCAGGGGCCCCAUGAGUUGUCAGUCUGCCCCUGUU